AUUUUCACAUGCAAAUCGGAGUGUCGACACCAAUAGCAUAAAUAUAGCCUGGAAACGAACUAGAUCUUCUUUUUUUCUUUUCUCUUCUUUUGCUCUUUAUUUGUACAUGCCCAAGAAAACAACACAUCGCCGAAACUCAAACAAGACACAGCAAAACAUGAAUCAAGAAAAACCCAAUAUUCCUACAAGUAAUCCUCAUGAUGUACUUGCCAGAGAAGUUCAAGUACCAGACAAAUUUAUUAUUGAUGCUGAUGAAGCAAACAAGGAAAUUCCUCAUUUUUCUUUCUUUAAUCGCGUGCUUUCCAUUCCUUUGAUUCGUGAUAGUUCUACUAUUGUACAACAUUACGCCAACCAAAACUCCAUCAGCCGAUUCGCUUUAAACAAGGCCGAGUCCACUUUUAAGAUAGCUGCUUCCAUGGCUUCACCUUAUGCAGAAAAAUACAAGCCCCAUUUGUUAAAGGCUGAUCAAUUGGGUUGUCAAUCACUCGAUUUGGUUGAAACUAAGUUCCCUGUCGUCACUCAACCACCCCAAAAGGUGUAUGAGGAUGUAAAGGACAAGAUUACUUAUGCUGCUUCUCUUCCUGUUACGCGUACCACUUCAAGUCUUCAGCAACUCAUUAACAAGUAUCUUCCUCCCACGGACGAAAAACAAAGACAAGCACAAGAAGAAAAGGACUUGAUAAAUCAAGUAAAGGACAGGUUAAGUUACCGCCUACAACACUCAAAGGCUGAUCUGGCCCGUCUUGGUGAAACAAAUCAACUCUUGCACGAAACUUUCCAAUCUAUUCAAAAGGCUAAUACACAUUUGCAUGACUUUUUGGUCUCUAUCAAGGGUUACAAAGAUACAACACAAACCAAGGCUAAUCAACGUAUGCAUGAGCUCACCACUGAUCUGAUUCACCGUUUGGAUGCUGCUGCUGCUUAUGUUAAAGAUCGUCAAGUCAUGAACAACUUGCCCCAUUCUGUCCAUAUCGUCAUUGACCCUCUUGUUACCUUUGCCUCUAACGAAUACGAUAUUGUCCGUACUGAAGUCUUAAAGCCUGAUGUUGCUCCCUUACAAAAAGCCACUAAUAUCUUGCAAAUGACUCAAGGAUAUGUUUUGCCUUUAAUCCAAAAAUCUAUUCAUGAUGCUGAAGAACAAGUCCGUCAAUAUGGUGCUUAUGCUACAAACAACUACAAGGUUGUACGCGACGUCAAGACUACCUUUGAUAACUUUGCUAAAGUGAAAGCCUAAAAUUAUUAUUUAUACACUUUGUAUCCUCUCUCUCUCUUUCAUUUUCAUGCAUUUUAGUCAAAUAAACAAACAAAAAAAUCUAUUUUCAUUUUCAAUAACUAUAGAGUGUGAAAGACACUUAGUACAAACAAACCGGUUUUUUUUUAGAGUUUUAUAUUUUCUCAUUGAGACCAGCUUGACGUUCAUACAAAUAUAUAAACAAUCCAG